GCGCGUCUCGGGGCGGCGCUGAGGCGGGCGGCGCUGCGCGGCCGUUUCCUGUCCUGGUGCAUGGUGGUCGGACGCAGGACUUGUUGGGAAAUUCUCGCCGAGACAAUGUUAUUAGCUCAGAUAAAUCGAGAUUCUCAGGGAAUGACUGAAUUUUCUGGUGGAGGAAUGGAGGCCCAGCACGUGACUCUCUGUCUAACAGAGGCUGUAGCUGUGCAAGAUGGUGACAACUUAGAAAACAUGGAAGGUGUGAGUUUGCAAGCAGUUACCCUUGCUGAUGGCUCCACUGCUUACAUACAGCACAACUCUAAAGAUGGUAAAUUAAUGGAUGGCCAGGUGAUUCAAUUAGAAGAUGGUUCUGCUGCUUAUGUUCAACAUGUACCCAUGCCUAAAAGCAGGGACAGCUUGCGUCUGGAAGAUGGACAAGCAGUUCAGCUGGAAGAUGGAACUACAGCAUUUAUUCAUCACACCUCAAAAGACAGUUAUGACCAGAGUGCAUUGCAAGCAGUCCAGCUGGAGGAUGGAACUACUGCCUACAUUCACCAUACGGUGCAGAUGCCACAGUCAGAUACCAUUUUAGCCAUUCAGGCUGAUGGCACAGUGGCAGGUCUUCAUACAGGAGAUGCUGCCAUUGACCCAGAUACCAUCAGUGCUUUGGAGCAAUAUGCAGCCAAGGUGUCUAUUGAUGGAAAUGACAGUGUUAGUGGCACAGGAAUGAUAGGUGAAAAUGAACAGGAUAAAAAAAUGCAGAUUGUCUUGCAAGGACAUGGAACAAGAAUGACUGCAAAAUCUCAGCAGAGUGGAGAGAAAGCUUUUCGCUGUGAUUACGAUGGCUGUGGAAAACUGUACACUACAGCUCACCAUCUGAAGGUGCAUGAAAGGUCACACACGGGAGACAGACCAUACCAGUGUGAACAUCCUGGAUGUGGCAAAGCCUUUGCAACAGGGUAUGGGUUAAAAAGUCAUGUCCGAACACACACUGGUGAAAAGCCUUAUCGGUGCACAGAAGAAAAUUGCACCAAGUCAUUCAAGACUUCAGGAGACCUACAGAAACAUAUUCGAACCCACACAGGUGAAAGGCCCUUUAAAUGUCCAUUUGAAGGAUGUGGCAGGUCAUUCACAACUUCUAAUAUUAGAAAGGUUCACAUCAGGACACAUACAGGCGAAAGGCCUUAUUAUUGUACAGAGCCAGGAUGCGGGAGAGCUUUUGCCAGUGCAACUAAUUAUAAGAAUCAUGUGAGAAUACACACAGGGGAGAAGCCCUAUGUCUGUACAGUUCCUGGUUGUGAUAAACGUUUUACAGAGUAUUCCAGUUUAUACAAACAUCAUGUUGUACAUACUCAUUCCAAACCAUACAACUGUAAUCACUGUGGGAAAACAUACAAGCAGAUUUCUACACUUGCUAUGCACAAGCGAACAGCACACAAUGACACAGAGCCCAUUGAAGAGGAACAAGAGGCUUUUUUUGAGCCACCUCCAGGUCAAGGUGAAGAUGUUCUCAAAGCCUCAGAGAUAACCUACGUGACAGGUGUAGAUGAUGAUGUAAUUUCUGCACAGGUUGCUACAGUUACUCAGUCAGGAUUAGGUCCACAAGUAGCACUAAUAUCCCAGGAUGGAACCCAACACGUCAACAUAUCCCAGGCAGAUAUGCAGGCCAUUGGCAAUACUAUCACUAUGGUAACACAAGAUGGCACCACCAUCACAGUCCCUGCCCACGAUGCUGUCAUUUCUUCUGCAGGAACACAUUCUGUAGCAAUGGUUACUGCAGAAGGCACUGAAGGACAGCAGGUUGCUAUUGUGGCUCAAGACUUAGCAGCAUUUCAUAGUGCCUCUUCAGAAAUGGGACAUCAGCAACAUGGGCACCAUUUAGUGGCUACAGAAACUAGACCUGUUACAUUGUUGGCUACAUCUAAUGGAACACAAAUUGCAGUACAGCUCGGAGAGCAACAGUCUCUGGAAGAAGCCAUUAGAAUAGCCUCCAGAAUACAACAGGGUGAAACACCAGGGCUUGAUGAUUAACUUCUAAAACUGCUACAAGAACAAUAGAGCAAAAGGUAUUUUAUUUUCAACCAACAAAGGUCCAUGCCAGCAGCAACCCAUAAAAACUUUGAAGUUUCCCGCUCACUGGUACUGUGUACACAUUUUAUGCAAGAGCGAAGAACGUUUUGUAAGUUUUGUGUACAUAACCCUUGGAAUGGACUGACAUCAUCUACUUCCAACCGUUGUAUAUGCAGGAGUAUGGAAUUAGGAUUAUAUAGUAAAUUUCCUUGUUAUCCCUUCAUCAGAUUGCAGACUGGUCUGCAAGCAAGUGAGAAAUUAAAUAGAAGAAUUGGAAUGAAUUUUUACUGUCAUGUGCAAAUAAUGAUGAAGGCAUUAUCGAUGAUAUCAAAUGUUUAAAGUACUGUCCAAAAAACCCUAAGUUCAGGAACCCUUACAAGUAAUAAAGAUGACAGAGACUUUUAAAUUGCAUUCCACAAAUGGAAACAAAUUCUUGGAUUUGGAGCCCACUGUAAAUCUUUGUGUUUUGAUUUGCUUCAUACAGGUUUCAGUACACUUUAGAUUAUUGACCCUAUCUCAUUCGUUGUAAAUACUGACUGUUAAUGCUGGAAGUGCUAAUUAUAUUAUCUUUAAAUUGGAUUAUGUACAAAGGAUGAACUUUGGUUGUUCACUAUUAAAAGAAGUAAAUCUAAUGAUUUUGUUUCUUUACAUAUUUUACUGAAGAUGUUACUCUCAAAACAUUAUGCAAUAAAAUAUAGUAAGAUUGUAUUGUC